CGCCUCUCUUUACUUUUGGUGAAAUCGGGCUCAGAUCACAUAAUACUUUCGUUAUGCUGUAAUCGGGAAGACUGUGAGAGGCUUCUUCGAUUCAUCUCAUCAGAAACGUCAUGAUCAAUGAAAAAGGAGCUCCAGCGGACGAUCCAUUCUUACGGAACUACAACUCAACUGAUCUACGGGUCGCGUCGGAAUUCCUCUCAAAUUGGCUUCCUUUUCUCUCCCGAGACCUCUGCCAACAUUGUACUAAUACCCUAUCCUCUCGUAUCCGGUCACUCGGUACAGUGGAAACGUUGAACAGAGAGAAGGAUUUGUCAGCGCCUUCGGAUAAUAUUGAUUCGAAUGCAGUAGUAGACCUUGACAACUGCGACACAAAUUCACUUGGGAGUUGGAAAGAUUCUGCUGAGAUAUUAGAGGUGGUUGGUUAUACUCCUAACAUUAAUUUAUCAGAAAGCAAGAAAAAAGGGUUUGUGAGUAGUGAUUCAAGACAUAAUUUGGAGGUCUCAAGAAGUAGAAAGGUUGAUUCUAAUGGGCAUGCAGAGUCUGCCAAGGUGCGGAUGUCAUGGGCUGACAUGGCUCAGGAAGAUGAAUUUGAAGCUGAAGAGAAUGAGGAUUGCAGACAAGUGAUUAAUGGACAUUCCUCAGCUCUGGAAGCCGCCACGCCUGUUAAGGGUCAUCAAAAGACAGAGUUGUCUCGAGAUCAGAGGGAGUACAUUCGUUUUAGUAAUGUGAAGAGACAGAAGGAUUUUAUUUGUCUUGAGAGGAUUGACGGCAAGCUUGUCAACAUCCUUGAGGGUCUGGAGCUCCAUUCUGGUGUCUUCAGUGCUGCUGAACAGAAGAGGAUUGUUGACUUCAUAUACCAGCUUCAAGAUGAUGGAAAGAAAGGUGGAUUGAAAGACCGCACUUAUACUGCACCUCGGAAGUGGAAGAGGGGCAAGGGCCGUGUGACUAUUCAAUUUGGCUGUUGUUACAAUUAUGCCACAGAUAGACAUGGCAAUCGUCCGGGUAUCCUUCAGAAUGAGAUUGUAGAUCCUAUUCCUCCUCUUUUAAAAGUGAUCAUCAGAAGGCUAGUCAGAUGGCAUGUUCUUCCUCCUUCUUGUGUCCCUGAUAGUUGCAUAGUCAACAUAUAUGAUGAGGGUGACUGCAUACCACCUCACAUUGACAAUCAUGAUUUUGUGCGGCCAUUUUGUACCACUUCGUUCCUUAGUGAGUGCGAUAUUGUUUUCGGGUCCAACUUGGCUAUUGUAGGAGAUGGUGAAUUCAAUGGUACUUUUGCACUUCCCCUGCCUGUUGGCUCUGUCCUUGUUUUAAAUGGAAAUGGUGCUGAUGUGGCCAAACAUUGCGUGCCAGCUGUUCCUACGAAAAGGAUAUCAAUUACUUUCAGGAAAAUGGAUGAAUCAAAAAGGCCUGUUGGAUUUGUACCUGAACAUGAUCUUCAAGAUCUGCAACCACUAUUCUAUGAAAAUGAUAAACCGAUAAGCUCUAAUCUUCUGAAAUACAAGUCGGAGUCCACGAGCAACAAAAAAACAAACGGGAGAGAGGACAGUAAUAGAGACAGGUUCUCAGGUAAAGGCAUUCUUGGAACACCUGUCUCACAUCAGGUUCAUCGAGGGCCUUCUAAUAGGCGUAGGGGGUAAGGAUGAGUUUGGACAGUUGAAGAAUUUAGCUAUUUGUUUGUGGUCAUCAUCAUCUUUCUACUUCACUGAUUUGGUUAUUUGUUAUGUUGAGGCAAUUACAAAGCUCAACAUAUUCUACUACCUUUAUUGUAUAUUGUGCUGUUAUUGUUGAGUGAAAUUGGCUGAUCCAUUAAAGACGGAACAGCUUGAUGGGAAUGGUUUGUUUCGUGAGUAUCUAAUUUUGUUGUUUCCAUGUUAUUAGUUUUCUGAUCAAGUGUAUAAUAAAUACAUGUUUUGUCCUCU